CGCAGCAACGGUACCUGGCGCGGCCUUUUGGCUUGAGAAACGUCCCUUCAUAAACGGGAUUAUCGCCUACUAAGGCCCCGACGCUCAGGUUGCAUUUCCAUAUGUCAGAGUCAGGGCACAGCCAACCUGGACUGUAUGAACGCCGCCGCCGCUGGAACCGUGAUAAGGAGAUGGGCCACCAGAGUCUUUCUGGGCCAGGCAGAGAUCGCGACUAUGUUCCCUGGGACAGAGACCGAGACCGGCGGGACCCUGUGGAUGAGCCUGUGGGAACCAUGAUGCAGAAGACACCCAUCAUCCUGGCUAAGCCACCAGCAGAGAGGUCCAAGGGGGCCCCUACCCCUACUCCCACUCCAGCCCCCACUGCUGCCCCAGCCAUCGAGAAACCUAUUGUGUUGAUGAAGUCCCGGGAGGAAAGCAAAGGCCUUGCAGGAGCAGCAGAGACAUCGGCUCAGCCUCCUGCAGCUGCUGCCAAAGUGGAGAAGGAAGGCCAACGUCCUACGCAGCCAGUCUAUCAGAUCCAGAACAGAGGCAUGGGUUCAACUGCGCCCAGUGGUGUCAUGGACCCUGUAGUUGGGCAGGCCAAGUUGCUGGCACCGAAGAAGAUGAAACACAGCAUCAAACUGGUGGAUGACCAAAUGAACUGGUGUGACAGUGCCAUUGAGUACCUCCUGGACCAAACAGAUGUUCUGGUAGUUGGGGUUCUUGGACUGCAGGGUACGGGCAAAUCCAUGGUGAUGUCACUACUGUCAGCCAAUCAACCUGAAGAAGACCAGAGAACCUAUGUGUUCCGCACUCAGAGCCAGGAGAUCAAGGAGCGUGGGGGCAACCAGACCAGUGGAAUUGACUUCUUCAUUACUCAGGAGCGAAUUAUCUUCCUUGACACCCAGCCCAUUCUCAGCCCUUCCAUCUUAGACCAUUUGAUCAACAACGACCGCAAGCUGCCUCCAGAGUAUAAUCUACCCCACACCUAUGUUGAGAUGCAGUCCCUCCAGAUUGCUGCUUUCCUCUUCACUGUCUGCCAUGUCGUCAUUGUGGUGCAGGACUGGUUCACAGAUCUGAGUCUGUACAGAUUCCUUCAGACAGCUGAGAUGGUGAAACCCUCCACUCCAUCCCCCAGUCAUGAAUCCAGUGGCACCUCUGGCUCGGAUGAGGGUACAGAAUACUACCCGCACAUUGUUUUUCUCCAGAAUAAAGCCAAGGGGGAAAACUUCUGCCCCCGAAACUUGAAGCAAAUGCAUCUUGUAACUGACAAAAUUAUGAUGCACUCACAUCUGAAAUAUAAAGGUGCACUGUCUAUGCUGGAAUGUAACAUAUUCCCUGGCCUGCCUCAAAGUUACCUUGACACAGAGGUUAACCUGUUCUUGCUACCCUUUAUGGAUCCGGAUGCAGAUGAUGCACUACCCAGAGCAGCUCCAGGAAGUGGUCCUCUCUUCACCCUCCUGCCUGGAUACAAGGGACACCCCAGUUUCCAGUCUCUGAUUGCCAAACUUCAAAGCCAGAUUAUGUCUAUGCCCCGACCGCAGCUCUCCCACACCAUUCUGACUGAAAAGAACUGGUUCCACUAUGCUGCCCGUAUCUGGGAUGGUGUGAAGAAAUCCUCCGCUCUCUCCGAAUACAGUCGUCUACUGGCAUGAACACGGUGACCUCCUCGCCCUGAAACCGCCGAGGGCCAGCCAGGCCUCCCCAUCCCUGGGAUCACUGAGCCGUGGGAUCUGUGCCCUCAUCCAGAGGCACAAAGCGAUGUGUGACUUUCGAGAGAGGGGAGCUGGAGAGCGGCGCCAGGCUUUCAGUGGCGCCAAGCAGGAUGGCAGAAGCAUUCAUGUUGUGCCCUAUGGGGCCACUGUACUUCCUACCCCACCCAGCAUGGGACUUGGCCUUCUAUGUCUUUUGGUGCACUGGUUUCUAUCUUCAUGGAGGUCUCUCCAAGGGUUUGCAAACCCCCAGUUCUUUCCAGGAGGGUUGGGAGUUAUGUGUGGAUAGCUUGCAACCUCUUACCAUCCCAAUGGGAGCAAGGGAGGCCACUUGCAGUCACAGUGUUGGGGCAGGUGGUAAAAAUCAGAGGAGAGUUAAUGUUGUUUUGAAUAUUUUCAGAAUGUAAUUCCAUUUCUUCCAAGUGUUGUUUAUCUGCUUCCAUUUGGAGAGAGAGGUGUACCAACUUCUUCUCUCCCCACCUCCCUUGACCCACAUAGAGAGCAUUCCUCCUCCUCUGCUGGAGAGUAGAUAUAAUCUUUCCUCCUGUGUCCUAGUAUUCCAUUUCUGUUUUAAUAAAUUGUUCAAGAUG